AGAGAGAGAGAGAGAGAGAGAGAUGUACUUAUUCAAAUCUCACAUUAGAUGUUGAGUUUCAAUGCUGUUUCUGGGUCUUCUGUUUUGUUGUUCUUUUAACAGAACAUCUCAUGUAACUUCUUCGUCAUUUAUUCCUCUGCUCUUACAUUGACUGAUGAAACAAGAGGAAGAGAAGAGCAAAAUGUCAAUGAAGAGUAGAGGAAUAGCAGGAGACUGGCAUUCAAGAACUCUUGUAUCUAGAAAUUGGCUCGUUUUGCUUUGCCUCGGCAGCUUUUGUGCUGGAAUCCUCUUCAGUGACAGGAUGUGGAUGGUGCCUGAAACAAAGGUUUUCACUGUGAGAACCGAAGUCAAAGAAGAAAGAAGGCAAUUCGUAACCGAGCCUUGUAACCCAAAACUUAAGCUUGUAACCAGUGAAUCCAACAAAAUUGCACAUGAAGGUUUAGAAUUCGGUCGUUCCAACCGACCUCUAGAUAAUGCUGACAUAAAUCGUCACCGGGAACGGGCAGCUGUAAAACCAGGGAACACAACUCCACUGGCAGAGUCAAGGAAAAAUUAUUUGAUGGUUAUAGGAAUUAAUACAGGUUUUAGAAGCCAGAAGCGAAGGGAAUCCGUGCGGGACACCUGGAUGCCCCAAGGUGAGAAAAGAAAGAAGCUAGAGGAAGAGAAGGGUAUCAUCAUACGCUUCAUUAUUGGUCGAAGUCCAACUCCUGGUGAUAUUCUUGAUAAAGCUGUCGAAGAAGAGGAAAGAAAACAUGGAGACUUCUUGCGGCUGGACCAUGUCGAAGGCUACAAUGAAUUGUCAGCCAAAACAAAGAUAUAUUUUUCUACUGCUGUUUCGUUUUGGGAGGCAGAUUUCUAUGUCAAACUCGACGAUGAUGUUCAUGUAAACAUAGGUGCACUUGCAAGUAUUUUGGUCAGUCACCAUAACAAACCUCGGGUUUAUAUCGGUUGCAUGAAGGCUGACCCCGUAAUUUAUCAGAAAGGACUGAGGUAUCAUGAACCAGAAUCAUGGAAAUUUGGGGAGAGAGGAACCAACUAUUUUCGUCACGCUUCAGGACAAAUAUACGCCAUUUCAAAAGAGCUGGCUACUUAUAUAUCUAAGAACCAGAAGCUGCUGCACAAGUACGCAAAUGAAGAUGUUUCAUUAGGAGCUUGGUUUAUCGGAUUAGAGGUGGAGCAUGUUGAUGAGAAGAGACUAUGUUGUGGUUCCACUAAUGAAUGCCAAUUCAAGGCUCUGAUAGGCACUGCUUGUGCUGCUACAUACGAUUGGAGUUGCAGCGGGCUUUGCCGGUCUAGUGAGAGGAUGAGGGGAGUUCAUUACCGGUGUGCCGAGAACGAAACUGCUCUAUGGACUGCAAUCUACUGAACUAUGUGUAACAACUAAAACCAGAUUAAAACCAGUUCGUGAAAGUUGGAAAGAAAAUAUACAAGGGGCCUCAAUUUGGGGCUUCUUUUUUCUAUUUUACUACUUGAUGUGGGGGGAGCAACUGUUAAUUUAACAUUCUUUAAAUGGUACUUGGAGGGAUAUGUGUUUAAGUUUC